GUUGGACCAGGGCCCUCCAGAGGUCCUUUCCCACCCAAAUGAUUGGGUUAUUCUGACUCUUUCUCGCUCUCUUUUCAUUCACAGGCGCAACUUGGUUGAGGGCGUUACCAAACAGUACCUGAGGAAGUGCACCUAUCACAAAGUCACCGAUUCCUUAUGCCCCGUGUUUGACCUGGGAUACAUAGUGAAGGAAUCGGGUCAAAAUUUUACCUUCCUGGCUGUUAAGGGUGGAGUGGUGGGCAUCACCAUAGACUGGAACUGUGACCUCGACUGGCCCAUCCGGUACUGCAGACCCAUUUACCAGUUCCACGGCCUUUACAAUGAUGACAGUAACGUUUCGCCGGGGUUCAACUUCAGAUAUGCCAAAUACUACAAAGAGGACGGGAUGGAAAAGAGGACUCUCUACAAGGUGUUUGGGAUCCGUUUUGACAUUUUGGUGAAUGGCAAGGCAGGCAAAUUUGACAUCAUCCCGACCAUGACCACAAUUGGCUCUGGAAUUGGUAUUUUUGGCGUGGCUUCUGUCCUCUGCGACCUGCUCCUGCUGCAUUUUCUCCAAGGACGGGACUAUUACAAGCAGAAGAAAUUCAAAUACGCCGAACAGGAGCCUUCGAAGUCACAUAAGAAGGAGAAGGAGCUGGACAACACGCAGUGA